GGGCGCAGGGCCUCCCGGGGAGCUGGCGCGGCGGGGUCAGGCACGCCAUGAGGGCCGUUGCCUGGUUUGCUCUGCCAUGCCUGAGCCUCUGGCAGGUGGGAAUGGGCUCUGCAAAGGCAGAGCGGGUGUUGAGCCUCUGGGAGACUUGAUGUGAUGGCUGUAGCUGGCAGUGAUGAAUUGCGUGAUGAGGGCAGUUGCUUGGUUUGCUCCACCAUGCCUGAACCUCUAGCAAGUAAGAAUGUUAUCCCCUGUGUCGUAUCUCAGUGGAGUGUCUGGAGUGGCUGCACAGAGCCUUGCAAGACAACGUAUCGUGUUCGGAGGAGGCACGUCAUUCAGGAGCCCAGGAACGGAGGAGAGGCAUGCCCUCCUCUGGAGGAGAGGGCUGGCUGCGUGGAGUACUGGACUCAGCAAGGAACAGAGUGCAAACAGUCCCUGAUCCCAGCAUUAAUAACAACAGGAGGGUUUGGAAAAGCGAGGAAAAAAAGAGCUGCAGCUGAUGGCAAUGAAAGAGCAGGGUACUGUGUUGAAUUCCAGCUUGUGGCCAUCACGCCGGGCUGCUUGCACAGCCACCACUCCUACACUCACUGGAUGCAGUAUCUCAGGGAGGGCCACACUGUCUGCGUGGAGUGUCAGCACCCGGCUUUAGAUUCCAGAAGUCUACAUUGUUACGGGGAUGGCAGUGGAAGCAAAAAGAAUCAGCUGUUGCACUGGCAGGCAGUAGGGAACCCUCGAUGCAAGGGAACCUGGAAGAGAAUUCGCCAGCUGGACACUUGCUCCUGUCCUUCUGUUCACAGCUUCUUGUUCAUCUAACUUCUCCUGACAGUCCCAGCAAGCGAGCGCUGUGAUAGCUUGUCUGGCACAAACGUGCGGCAGCAGUAGUAACCACAACCAAAACAAUGACUUCUCCAGAGGCUAUGCCACUUAAUUUCAAGAGGUUGCUGUCUGCACUGGGGCAUCCUCAAUCCUCUCUGUCCGUGUGUACUCCUUGAUUUCCAAAGAAAUCAGGCUGACUGUGAAAUACCAUUUUCUUUCUGCACCACAUCCAGUCCUGCUGCCUCUUCUGCCUGAGAGGCCUGUCUGACCCUGAUGGCUUCUUGCAAAUUCCCCCUUUCUUGAGAGGAAUGAGAAUUCACCAAAUAAGAAAUCAGACAAAAAAGGCCAUAUGAACCCAGGUUUAAUUAUUAUUUUUCCAAAAUCUCAAUGAAGAAUCAAUAAUACAAAAUAAAUUAACUCAAGUGCCUUCUUUUCAUGGCAAUGGCACUUCUUUGUGGAUGCUUUCUGCUUGUGCUUAUAUAUCUUUUCCUUUUGUUUUCACCCUCCCUGGUCUCAUCAUUUCAUAUUGAUCCUCAGUCUUACAGAGGGUGGAUCUUGCGCUGCUGAGAUAAAGGUAAAACGUAGAAAUGAGCCUGUUCAAAUCUGUGAGAAUAGAAGGUACCAGGGAUAAAUGGGCCCUUGGACUUCAGGUUUCAAGGAGCAUCUCCAAGUUGCCCAAAAAGGCAGUGCAGUCCUGGGACUCUAAAUAGGAAGUCAUCCCAGCUGUAUCAGGAGGGCUAGCUAUAGCCUUGUAUUUUUGACUGGAAAAUAUUUGAAAUAUUUUUUUAUAUUCUGCUGGAUUUAUAUUCAUACUUUUCUAUAAAUGAAAAUAAAGGAGUCUGG